CAGCUAACCUCACUGCUCUGGAGAGCCUGGGCAGUGCCUUGGGCUUUGUUGAAGAGCGGGUGCGUGGAUGGAGGCGGCGCUAUCGGAGGCACGCGACGGAGGACGAUUACAACAUCGAAGUCCUGCUGGGGGUUGAUGACUCAGUUGUUCAGUUCCAUGGGAAGGAACAUGUUCAGAAGUACCUGCUGACCCUGAUGAAUAUUGUUAAUGAAAUUUAUCAUGAUGAGUCGCUGGGUGCUCACAUUAACGUUGUCUUGGUGAGGAUAAUCCUGCUGAGCUAUGGCAAGUCUACGAGUCUGAUAGAGAUUGGGAACCCUUCACAAAGUCUGGAGAACGUGUGUCGCUGGGCCUACCUGCAGCAGAAGCCUGACACUGGGCAUGCAGAGUAUCACGACCAUGCUAUCUUUCUCACCAGGCAGGACUUUGGUCCCUCUGGCAUGCAAGGCUACGCUCCAGUCACUGGAAUGUGUCAUCCUGUUCGAAGCUGCACUCUCAACCAUGAAGAUGGUUUUUCAUCUGCAUUUGUGGUGGCUCAUGAAACUGGACAUGUUUUAGGCAUGGAGCACGACGGCCAAGGGAACAGAUGUGGGGACGAAGUCCGCCUGGGGAGCAUCAUGGCCCCCCUCGUCCAAGCCGCCUUCCAUCGCUUCCACUGGUCUCGCUGCAGCCAGCAGGAGCUGACCCGCUAUCUCCAUUCCUAUGAUUGCCUGCGUGACGACCCCUUCGAACACGACUGGCCGUCCCUCCCUCAGCUGCCAGGAAUUCACUACUCCAUGAACGAGCAGUGCCGCUUCGAUUUCGGGCUGGGCUACAUGAUGUGCACAGCUUUCCGUACGUUCGAUCCCUGCAAGCAGCUGUGGUGCAGCCACCCCGAGAACCCCUACUUCUGCAAAACAAAGAAAGGGCCUCCGCUGGACGGGACCAUGUGUGCACCAGGCAAGCAUUGCUUUAAAGGUCACUGCAUCUGGCUAACACCAGACAUCCUGAAGCAGGAUGGACACUGGGGGGCCUGGAGUAAGUUUGGCUCUUGUUCUCGGACCUGUGGCACGGGGGUGAAGUACAGGACAAGGCAGUGUGACAACCCACAUCCUGCCAAUGGAGGCCGCACGUGCGUGGGGCCGAGCUACGAGUUCCAGCUGUGCAACACUCAGGACUGUCCGAAGGACUUCGAAGAUUUCAGAGAGGAGCAGUGCAGGCAGUGGGAUCCUUACUUUGAGUAUCAGAACAUGAAACACCACUGGCUCCCCUAUGAGCAUGUCGAUGCUAAGGAAAGGUGCCACCUGUACUGUGAAUCAAAGGAGAUGGGGGAUGUGGUGUAUAUGAAGAGGAUGGUGCACGAUGGGACCCGCUGCUCCUACAAAGACCCUUACAGCAUCUGCGUGCGGGGAGACUGCUUGAAAGUUGGGUGCGACAGGGUCAUAGGUUCCACGAAGCAGGAAGAUAAGUGUGGUGUUUGUGGAGGAGAUAAUUCCCACUGCAAAGUGGUAAAAGGAACAUUUUCAAGAGUACCAAAGAAACAAGGGCACAUUAAGAUGUUUGAAAUUCCUGUUGGUGCGAGACAUUUACUUAUACAGGAAACAGACGCCACCAGCCACAAUCUUGCAAUUAAAAAUCGUGAAACAGGGAAAUACAUUCUGAGUGAAGACAACUAUGUGCCAGACUCUAAAGUGUUUAUUGCCAUGGGUGUGGAGUGGGAAUAUCGGAACGAUGAUGACAGAGAAACCGUGCAGACCAUGGGGCCGCUGCGUAACGGGAUAGUUAUUCUGGUGAUUCCUCAUGGUGGUGCCAAGAUAUCUUUGACCUAUAAGUACAUGAUCCAUGAAGAUUCCUUGAAUGUAGAUAACAACAAUGUUUUGGAAGAGGACUCGGUGUCGUAUGAAUGGGCUUUGAAGAAAUGGUCCCAGUGUUCAAAACCUUGUGGAGGAGGCUACCAGUUCACAAAAUACGGCUGCCGGAGGAAGACCGACCACAAGAUGGUCCAUCGGAGUUACUGCGAGUUGAUCCAAAAGCCCAAACCCAUCCGCAGGGUGUGCAACCUCCAGGAGUGCUCCCAGCCCAUAUGGGUUACAGGAGAAUGGGAGCCUUGCAGCAAGAGCUGUGGGAAAACAGGAUACCAAGUGAGAUCCGUGCGGUGUAUCCAGCCCCUGCACGACAACACCAAUCGCUCUGUUCACACCAAGUACUGCAACAACGACCGCCCAGAAGGCAGGAGGCCUUGCAACAGGGAGCUUUGCCCAGCACAGUGGAGAACAGGCCCCUGGUCACAGUGUUCUGUCAGCUGUGGCAAUGGCACACAGGAUCGCCCAGUCCUGUGCCGGACCAGGGACAAUGCUAUUGGCCUUUGCAAAGAAAGUAAACCAGAGACUGUAAGGAUUUGCAGACUACCUCCAUGUCCAAGAAACGUUUCUGAUCCUUCAAAGAAAACCUACAUGAUACAAUGGCUGUCAAGACCUGAUCCAGACUACCCCAUCCAGAAAAUAUCUUCAAAAGAACAUUGUCAAGGAGACAAGUCCAUGUUUUGUCGCAUGGAGGUUCUCUCCCGUUACUGCUCCAUUCCUGGUUACAACAAGCUCUGUUGCAAGUCCUGCAACACGUACAGCAACAUAACAGAGGGAGGCAACGUCACCGAUGCUAACCUCAGGAAGAACAAUGACAUUGAGGAGGAGCUCCUGACAACCCUCAGCCCUCCCACGGGAGUGUCCACCACGCAGCCUGCCACCCGCCCUCCUCUUGUUCCCAGAACACAAGCACCCCCCUCCAACACGACCGAGGAGCACCCCGAGGUCAAUGCAGUGGACGUUCCCUACAAGAUCGACGGGCUGGAUAACGAAGUGUCACAGCACAACAUCAUCACACAGAGGAGGAUACCUUACGAAAAGACAAGGAAUCAAAGAAUUCAGGAGCUGAUUGCUGAGAAAAGGAGAAGAGAGACUCUUAGAAAAAUAAACUAA